CACCAAAGGUGUGCCUAAUACACCAAAAAACUUGUUUGGAGAGAAGUGUCCUCCAUAGUACUUAUAAACCCGUGUGUGUGUGUGUGUGUGUGUGUUGCGUGCGUGGUCCUCCCACCCACUCACUCCUGUCCAAAUUUGUGCAGCAGUCGACGUGGACACGCAGUGGAUCCACACACACACACACACACACGGAGACCCUCCUGGCAAAAUGACCAUUGAGAGGAUAUUUGACGAGCUGGGACAUUUCAAAAGGUUUCAGGCAUGUGUGUACUUUGCGGCCACCUUCCAAGCCACGUCCUGCGGGAUCCACUACCUGGCCUCCGUCUUCCUGGUGGAGACCCCCAACUUUGUCUGCGGCGUCCCCGGCAACGUCACAGAAGUCUUGUACGGCAACUUGACAGGAUAUAAAGUGGAGGACUUCCUGCCGGCCUUCAAAGCUGGGACAGGACCUUUGGUGGUGAGGACUCAUCAAGGGCGGCAGUGGGAGCUGAGCCGGUGCCAGCGAGCCUUGCGCACGGACCCCAGAGACUUUACGUACAACUUUGAUGGCAACACAACGGUGCAGGUCUGCGAUGGGAACUUUGCUUAUGACCACAGUGAGGUGUACCAGAGCAUCGUGACCGACUGGGACCUGGUCUGUGAUAGAGCUUGGCUGGCCAAGCUGUGCCAGCCCACCUUCAUGUUGGGGGUGCUGGUCGGGGCUCUCGUUUUUGGGGACAUUGCUGACAGGGUGGGACGAGUGAAGAUCCUCAUGUUCACCAGCGUCUGUCAGUUUGCCCUCGGCGUGUUGGUGGCCUUCUCCAAAAACUACUACUACUUUGCGGUGCUGCGCUUCCUCCUGGCCAUGGCGUCCAGCGGCUAUCUGGUUGUGGUGUUUGUCUACGUGACAGAGUUCACUGGCAUCAAGGUGCGCACGUGGACCUCCAUGCACGUGCAUGCCGCCUUCGCAGUGGGCAUCAUGGUGGUGGCUCUGACCGGCUACUUGGUGCGCGUGUGGUGGAUCUACCAGAUCAUCCUCUCCUUGUGCACCUCGCCCUUCCUGCUCUUCUGCUGGAAGUUCCCCGAGACGCCCUUUUACCUCAUCGCCAAGGGUCGCUACAAGGAAGCCCAGACCCUCCUGGACCACAUGGCCCGCAUCAACGGCCUGGAGUCGCGGCUGAAGGUGGAGGAGCUCCUGGAGUCGGAACAAAACGGCAAAGCUCUGCUGGAGAAGGAGGCGGCGGAUGAGAAGCCGGCCGAGGCGGAGAAGAAGCUGUCCAUCUUGGAUUUGUUUGGCAGCUGGAGGAUGGCGGGGCGUACGUGCACCGUGUGGGCCAUCUGGUUCAUCGGCAGCCUGGGAUACUACGUCUUCUCGCUGGGCUCCGUCAACCUGGGAGGGAACCAGUACAUUAACCUCUUCCUGGCUGGUGCGGUGGAGCUUCCCUCCUAUCUGGUGGGCUGCUUUGCGAUGGACCGCAUUGGUCGGAAGAAGACGUGCGCUCCGGCGUUGCUGCUGGCCGGGAUGGCGUGCAUGCUCAUCAUCGUGGUCCCUGCUGACAUCGAGGCGCUGGCCAUCGCACUCUGCAUGAUUGGAAAGUUCGCCAUCGCCAUCGCCUUCGGCCUCAUCUAUCUCUACACGUGUGAGCUGUACCCCACCAUCAUCAGGUCUCUGGCAGUGGGCAGCGGCAGCAUGAUGUGUCGCGUGGGCAGCGUGGUGGCGCCGUUCUGUGUCUACCUGGCCGACGUGUGGCUCUACCUUCCACAGUUAAUCGUGGGCAUCCUGGCCUUCAUCAUUGGAAUCCUGACCAUGUUGUUACCUGAGACCCUGGGCCGGCCCCUGACCACCACCUUGGAGGAGGCCGAGGCUUUGGGGCACAGCCCCGGGAAGAAGAGGCCCACGCCAAGAGGGAAGGAUGCUGAGGACGGGGUGGAGAUGAAGCAGCACGUGUGACAAAGCGUUUUUUAGUCCUUUUGUCAUCCAUGGCUGCUGGUUUUUCUUUUGCUUCUUGGGCUUUUCUUGCCAGGGACAGUUCUUAUCGUAGAGCUCCAUAUAAGUACCAAGGAAGCUGUCAUAUGCCUCGUCCACAUCUGUUGCACUGUAGACACUCUCCCAACUUUGUUCUUCUAGACCUAUCUUGAAGGCACGGAUGUUAUCCUCUGUACGCAAUCUUUGAAAAGUCUUUUUUGCCUCCGCCUGUUUUUUCUUAUAAUGUUCAUUGUAGAUUGUAAACACUGGAAGAUGAUCACUGAUGUCACUAAUUAGCAGGCCACUGAUGGUGUUGUUAUCCAAGUCAUUGGUGAAUAUAUUAUGGAUAAGGGUGGCACAGUGGUCAGUUAUUCUACUUGGUCUGAUGAUUUUAGGAUAUAAACUCAAGCUAUACAUUGUAUCUAUAAAGUCAUCUAUUUCCUUGCACUUGUGUGAGUUCAAGAGGUCAAUAUUGAAGUCUCCACAUAUGAAAAUAGUUUUCUGACCUAUGUCUGUAAACGUUGUCUUAAUCCAAUCCUCAAACAUUCCAAUCUUUGACUUUGGAGUUCUGUACACACAACUUAUUAACACAUUUUUGCUUUUUUCUUUACAGAUUUCAAUUGUUAUACAUUCUAAAAUGUUAUCAAUGACAAAUGACAUAUUCUUUACCAUUUUGUAGUUCAAAUGUUUGUCCACGUAUAAGGCCACACCUCCUCCAUUUGCAUUGUUCCUGUUUGCACACAUCAUUUCAUAUCCUUCCAGCUCGAAGUCCAUUCCUUUGUUAGCAUUAAUCCAAGUUUCUGAGAUUGCUGUAACUUUGAAAGGUUCUUUGAAUUGAUUCAAAUAUUGUUUAAUAUUAGUAAAGUUUGCGUUCAAGCUUCUGCUGUUUAUGUGUAUGAUGGAUAACUUGUCGUCGUUGAUAAAACUGUUGUUGUAUUGCUCCUCCGUAUAAUAACGGCAGUCGUUUGUAAUGUGAGAGAAAAAAUUUGAGUCUGGAUCAAUGUCUUUUUCCAUAUCCAAUUGUUUGUGAUCUGUAAAGUGAAAAGUGUCCAAUUGUAGAUCUUCUUGUAGCAUAUUAAAGCUGUUUUCCUCCAUGUUGGGAGACCUCAA